CAGUCUACUGCGCCGAGCCCCUUGAAGCAUGGGAAGCUGGCACUGCAUGACAGCAAAGGUGAAGAGGAGCAGAGCUAUGGAGGCCCGGAACUAUAUGCUGAUAAGCGAGCAUCCCGAUCUCAAAGACCCCAAACACCGCCUGCUCAUGCAUUCAAGGAUCAUGUAUGCUACGGUACAAGCUCAAGCAACUUUGGAGCAAGGGCGUCUGUAGUUAAGUAUAUACAUGCUGUAACAUGUAACCAUUCCCCUGAAACGCUUCGCACAUGUUUCUACCCACAAAAAACGCGAUAUGACCAUCGGGGACAGACACAAUUCGACGCAGGGCUGAUGCGAUCAACAAUCAAAUCCCUCAUGCUCUCUUCCCUUUUGCUGUCGUUCUGCUUGACCCUAGACUCUGUGAGCUCGGGAUUAGCCAUCCUCUGACACUUCAAGACAUUAGCGUUCUAGUUCUGGAUGUGCUUGGGCCGUGCUAUAGCUCAAAUUUCCACUUUGGCUGCUCUAUUUCUCUCCGCCUCGACAACUCCCCUUGGUG